AAAUCAUGCAUCGGCACUCAGUUUCACAUUGACCUGAUGUGAGAUGUGUGUGUGUUUCAGAUCCUGUCCAUCGGUGUGCUGGACAUCUUCGGCUUUGAGGACUACGAGAACAACAGCUUCGAGCAGUUCUGCAUCAACUUCGCCAACGAGACGCUGCAGCAUUACUUCAACCAGCACGUCUUCAAGCUGGAGCAGGAGGAGUAUCGCUCGGAGGGCAUCAGCUGGCACAUGAUCGACUACAUCGACAACACGGCCUGCAUCAACCUCAUCAGCAAGAAACCCACCGCGCUGCUCCACCUGCUGGACGAGGAGUGCAAUUUUCCGCAGGCGUCUAAUCAGACUCUGCUGGAUAAGUUUAAGCGGCAGCACGAGGGAAACGGCUACAUCGAGUUUCCUGCCGUCAUGGAGCCGGCGUUCAUCAUCCGACACUACGCCGGCAAAGUCAAAUACAGCGUCAAGGUGAGAAACUCGCAGACCCCAGCUCUGCUGCUUCAGUGCUUAAGUGUGUGUGAUUGAGUGAGCAUUUGCAUAUGUUACACA